CAACUCUUGUAUGUGGCAGAGUCCACACUUAAGUGACAUUCCCUGCCAGAGCACCGCGGAGCCUGGAGUAUGUGUGAUCUGGCUAAGCGCUCCUUUGGAAGGAGCUGAAGUUUUUCUAGAAGCUGAAGGGUCGGAGUGAGUCCUUGGUCACUUUGUCUUCACCAGGCCUGCCAUGGAAGGGACGCAGGAGCCUUUGGUCAUGAUCGUGCAUCUCCUAGCCGACUCUGGGCACGGCUCGCUUCUGCAGCGGGCUCUGGACCAACUCCUGGAUUGCAUCUGGCCAGAGGUGCACCUCUUCCUGGUGUCUGAGAGGGUCAGACGCGUGAGCUACCAUGAAAAGUACCACCCUCGGAGGGCCCGCUUCCCCGGCAUGUCUGUUUUGCUCUUUCUGCAGGAAAGCCUUGGAGAGGAGCGAUUGUUUCGCGUUUUGGACUUCCUACGGAAUCCACCCUGGCAGGGCUUCCCUACCCACCACGCGCAGGGGAAGCCCUGUCCCUAUCUCCCCCCAAAUCAAGAGUUCUACAGCCUGCACAACCAGAUGCCAGUGUGGGGCGUGAGGCAGGUGCACUGUGGCACCGAGAUCCUCAGGGUGACUCUGUACUGCAGUUUUGAUAACUACGAAGAUGCAAUCAGACUCUAUGAGAUGAUCCUACAAAGGGAAGCCACCGUGCAAAAGAGCAACUUCUGUUUCUUUGUGCUCUACGCCACCGAGGGCUUCAGCCUGCAACUCUCUCUGAAGCAGCUGCCUCUGGGAAUGUCGGUAGACCCCAAAGAUUCUUCCGUAUUGCAGUUCAAGGUUCAAGAGAUCGGCCAGCUGGUGCCUCUUCUACCCAACCCGUGUGUUCCCAUCAGCAGCACCAGGUGGCAGACCCAGGACUACGAUGGCAACAAGAUUCUGCUACAGGUUCAGUCAAAGCCAGGACUUGCUGUUAGGAGUGGUGAACUUUCCCUUCUAAACGGCAGUUUGAGAGGUGACAUGAAUCCCCAGGGCUCCCUGAUGAAUCCUGUCUCUGCACAGAGAACCGUACAGCCCAGGAGCCAGAGGAGUUGGAGCAGAAGGUUCAAGGUACGUUCUCUGGAGCUUGCGGAGCCCAGUGGGACAUUAGAAAACGCCAGUGGCCAUUUGUGGAAAAGCCCUGGCUGGUUCUCCCAGGCCAGCAGCUCAGUCAUGGGCACCCAGCGGCACCUGCUUUCUCCCCCCAUGGCACCUGGGAUCAGAAUGAACGCCCGUAAGGAAAGCAGCUUCCAGAAGCUGGAGGCAGAGACAGAUGUUGACACCGGAUUCACUGUCAUCAAUUCUGAACCCAGGCGAUCUUUUCUGAGCAGAUUUCCAAGGGAUUUUCAGAUGAGCCCACCACCACACUGCUUGUCAGGCUCAUCUUUAGAGCCGACUGCUUCCCAAAGCCAAAGACUCUUUAAGGAAAGAGUCGGUCCUCUGUCACUUCCUGGUCAAAGAGACUUUGGUGCAAAGAUAAUCUCAAAAUGUUCACAUCAUCUGCCAGUCCAGGGUGAAGGAAAGGAAGAAUUCUUUAUAUAGCAUAGAACAAACGUGCUAUUGUAAGACACAAGAUAAGAGAAUGUUCUAGAAUCAGGACGCUGGCUUUUCUCUUUGCUGUGAUAAAAUCUUGGACAAAAGCUACAAGGAAGGGAUGGUUUUGACUCAGGAUUUGAGGGUGCAGCCGUCGUGGCUGGGAAGGCAUGGAACAGGAGUGCCGAAGCAGCUGGUUACGCGUUACGCGAGGGCGAUGGAUGGUCAGCUUGCUUUUCUCCUUUUUAAUCCACUUGGGACACUAGCCCGUGGGGUGGUGCCGCCGUUUUCAGGAUGUGUCUUCCUUCUAUAGUUAAACUUUUCUAGAAACACCUUCAGAGACACACCCAGAGGUAUGUUUCCAUGAUGAUUCUGAAUCUAGUCAAGUUGACAACGAGG